AUGUCCCGCGCAUCCAAGAUCACGCUCGCAGCCACCUCACUGGGUGCAAUUGGCAUCGUCAUAUUCGUUCACACUGCCCAGCGCUCAGAAAAAGCUGCAAUGCACGCCGGCGUCAUACGGGACUACGAACAGCAGCGGCUGAAGAGGGAACGCCAAGCGGACUUCGAAAUGCAGAGAGCUUUGGAAGAGGAGUAUAGAAAAGUGCAAACGGUUUCGGAUGGUGGAGGCCCUGCAGCGCAGCAAGGAGGGACAGGUCGAUAG